GCGGGGGAGGGAGAAAGAUGGCGGCGUCAGUGCUGGAACGUAUGGGUACAUCAUGGAUGCAGAAUCUGAGGGGGAAGCUGGCCUUAGGGCUUCUUUCAUCUCAUAAUGUUUUACCCCAAUCACAUAUCCACACAAGUGGGUCUCUGGAUAUUUCUCGAAAAUGGGAAAAGAAGAAUAAAAUUGUUUAUCCUCCACAGUUGCCUGGAGAACCUCGGAGACCAGCAGAAAUCUACCAUUGUCGAAGGCAAAUAAAAUACAGCAAAGAUAAGAUGUGGUAUUUGGCAAAAUUGAUACGAGGAAUGUCCAUUGACCAGGCUUUGGCUCAACUAGAAUUCAGUGACAAAAAGGGGGCCCAAAUAAUUAAAGAGGUUCUCUUAGAAGCACAAGAUAUGGCAGUGAGAGACCACAAUGUGGAAUUCAGAUCCAAUUUAUAUAUAGCUGAGUCGACGUCAGGGCGAGGCCAGUACCUGAAACGUAUCCGAUACCAUGGCAGAGGUCGCUUCGGGAUCAUGGAGAAGGUUUUUUGCCAUUAUUUUGUGAAGUUGGUGGAAGGUCCCCCACCUCCACGUGAGGCACCGAAGACGGCAGUCACCCACGCCAAAGAGUAUAUUCAGGAGCUCCGCAACCGGACGAUUAUUCACACUCUGUGAUGGGCUUUCAGACUCUGCAGUGUAUCUAUUUUGCCAUUUAUUUCUUAUAAACCAGAAAUUAAAGACAAAUGCUUUUUAUGGUUUGUACUGAGUUAGUGCAAUAUGAAGUAUAAUUGCUAAUUUUAUAUGAAUAUUUAUAAGGCUUUGCCCGUUCCUUUUGAACCUUUGGGUAUAUUUAUGCAUUUGCAACUUGGAAGGAGAAAUCAGCUUUAAACAGUAUAAUUCAGAAGGCUUUUUUGAGUACCUUUGGAAGGGGAUGUAAACUUGCCACCUGUAGGUGGCAGUUUAGAUACUAGCCUUGAGUAGAAUGUUGCAGAGUAAGAAAGCUUGUCCUUGUUUCCUUUGAUUUUUUUCUUGAGAUUGGGGAGGAGGUGGUGGAGGUGAGCAUAGAUACAUGUAUUUUAGGGUAUUCUGUAGUUGCGUUUUUGCUUUCACUGUUGGCAUAGGCCAAUGGGUGAGGCAUUCUAUAUUUUCACCUUGGAAUUACAGAAGUUUAUUAGAUACAUUAAUCUAGAACUCCAAGAACCCUUUAACUGAGAAAGUUUUCUUCUAGUUAAAUAAAGACUGUUUUCAUGUCUCCUUCCAA